AUGGUGCCAAUAAUGACAGCAAAUGAGCGUCUGCUCACGCAGCCGCGCAAGGUAAUUCAGGAUACGUUUGAUAAGUAUGAGCAGCAUCCUACACAGGCACUAGUGCAUGCACUUAGCACACAGUAUGCGCGUGUGUUCACGGAGCCAUCGAUGCUUGAGCAGAUUCCGUACGUGGAACCCGGCUCAAUUUCGUCUCUGAUUUCUUCCCUUCAAGGUGAUCGCUCGCAAAAAGUUGGCAUUCUUGUGCGCUGGCGCUGCAUGAUUCAAGACACAGGUAUGGGUAAUGAGCUGUGCCUGGCUACUCUCUCAUCAGAUGGCCGUCGAGUGUGUGGCUUGUACGGUGCUGAUGCGCACUUCUCGCAUGCGAACCAGGACGACGCUGCGAUGGACACUGCUAAUUUGGGUGAGCGCACUGUGUUCUUUGCUGUUUCUGUCCCAGGUGAAACAGCUUGGGCACAUGACCAUAUAGUAGGUGCAUCGGCAUCACUCGGUCAUGCUAUGGAGAAGCUGAACGUGGAGCUGAACGAUACAACACGAACACCACGCAGCGAGCAUCCUAGCGUAACUGCGCUUGUCAAAGUGUAUGACGUGGAUGCUGCCGAGCAAUUCAAGACGUCUGACGUGAUCGAUGUCUUGGGUCUUUUAGAUCUCGGCACUUGCCCCCAGGCACAUUGGCACCUGGAUGAAACUGAGUCGACAGAGGCACCCAUUCUGCCAUGCGUGCAUGCGCUGCAUGUACGAUCUGCGCCGCCUCUCUUUCCUGCCGAUUCGGAUUCUUUGAAUGCUCCUGAGAACAUGCGAGCAUCACUCAUACAGUACUUCACUCAAGUCUUGGGGGGUGAUGCACUCGUGGCUGAAUACAUUCUCUUGGCUAUGUUAAGCAGAGUACACGCUCGAAAAAACGGCAUCGUGAUCGGACCCUUUUCGAUUAAUGUGACGGGACUAGACCGUGAGCACUAUGAAACGCUCGUCUCUGCACUCGAGCAAAUCAUGCCUGCUGUGGUAUGCCAGCCAUUGACUCUUGCCGAAUUGAAUGACGCAGCUCAUCCCCUGUAUGUGUGCGGCACAGACACUGGCAUACAGGCCGGCCGUCUCCAGCUUCCUCAUGGCACAUGCGUUGUGCUAGACGAGUCUGGCAUGGAUGAAGGACAGCUUAAUGAUGCAGGUGUGCGAAAUAUUCGCGCACUUUUUUCCCUGUUGCAACAGCACACUCUGCCCUAUGUGUUCCCGUUUUCGGAGCUGGACAUACCCACUGAUCUUGUCAUUAUCGUUGUAAGCCAGAGCAAAUCACUUCUUCCCGUGGAUGCACAUAUUCACGCGCGGCCACAUCACGCGCCUCAAAUGAAGGUGUCAUCUUCGAUGCUGCAUACUUUUCGCCUAUUCCUGACCAACAUUCGUCAAAAGACGCUGUCUAUCCCUGUGGACGUCUCAGACCAUAUUCAAGAUGACUUUGUGAAAAUGCGCCGUAGUGGUGCACACCGCUUCGACCAAGACGACCUGCAACGCUGCCUGCAUGUGUCGCGACUCUUGUCCUUAUCCCAUGGGCUCGAGCGGCUCACUACGGACAUGUGGAGUCAGGCCAAAGUGUUGGAUGCAACACGUGCCGAGCGAGUAGCUUUGCCGUAG